AAGCACCGCCCUUGAGCGCAACUCUUGCCUGAGCUCAGGAACGGUAUUGUGCGGGGAAUGAGGAGGAGGGCUUAAAAUGAGCGCUUACUACGACCCAGAGCAGGACUUUGUGGUUGUGGCUCUCGGGGCUCAGCCGUGUGUGAAUGAGGUUCUGAUGGAAAAGCCCAGCGGAGGAGCAGCAGCGAAUGCUGAGUGCAAUGGGAUCCCAGAGACAGGGCACCGGGCAGCAGCCAGGGAAGACUUCAACUUUGCUGCUUGCUGUCACUCUCAGAGAGUCGGACACUCAGCUGAUGAGGAGACCUCAAGUGACCCGCCAGCAACAGAGAAGAAACCUAAGUGGGUGGGCCUUGGGUUAUGUUAUGCGUUGCUCUCCUGUUUAUUCUUUUCGGUCCUUGCUCUUCUGGUGAAGAAAAUUGAAGGAAUCCAUGCUCUGGAAAUCAGUGGGAUUCGAUGUUUAUUUCAGUGGCUAUUUACAUUCCCAAUUAUUAUCUACAAUGAAGAGGAUAUUCUGGGACCAAAAGGCCUAAGACUGUUGCUUUUCUUACGAGGGCUCCUCGGUGCUACAGCCAUGAUGUUGCUCUUCUAUGCCAUUCAACAGAUGCAUUUGGCUGAUGCUACUGUCAUUAUGUUUAGUAACCCAGUCUUUGUCUCUAUAUUUGCAUGGAUUUUUCUGAAGGAAAAGUGCACUUUGUUGGAUCCCAUCUUCAUCAGUUUUACUUUGGUCGGCGUCGUUCUUAUUGCUAGACCACAGUUUCUCUUUGGCUCUCAAAUUUCUGGAUUUGAAAAUAACUACAAGGAUCACAUCAGGGGAACGGCUGCUGCUUUUGCAAGUGCAAUCUGUGUGGCAUUGACAUUGAUAGUGAUUCGUAAAAUGGGCAAAUCUGUAAAUUAUUUCCUCUCCAUCUGGUACUACUCAGUGGUUGGAUCGGUCCUGAGCAUGAGUGUGGUCUUGAUAAUUCGGGAAUGGAGCUUACCCUUCUGUGGGAUGGAUCGAGCGUUUUUAAUCCUGAUUGGCAUACUGGGGAUAGGAGGGCAAGCCUUUCUCACAAAAGCUUUGCAGAUAGAGAAGGCUGCGUCUGUGGCUCUUAUAAAGACAAUGGAAGUAGUCCUAGCCUUUAUAUUGCAAUAUUUAUUCCUAAAUCGUUCUCCUACCUGGUGGAGUUUGGGAGGAGCACUUUGUGUGACAAGUGGCACCAGUGGAGUUGCUAUUCAGAAGUGGUACACCAGCACCAGAAAAGGAAAGAAAGAUCAAAAUUAACCAAAGUCUUUGAUAUUUGAAAAUGAUGGAGAUCUGCUCAGGAACAUGGCUAAAAUUUGAAUAUAGUUAUUGUUCAUUGAUCUGUUUUCCGAACGCUGACUAAAUAUUCAGAAUGAUAACCCCAGAUUUUCUCAGGAUAAUCAACAAUUAAAACACAAUUAUUUAAAUUGUGCAUAUUUAAUUUGGAAUUGUAAUAAUUUGGACUUCUGACAUGUAAAAUCGAGUUGCGAUAAUAUUGUGUAAGUAACUGUCAGAUUUUGCACUACAUACUAAGUUUGAAAAAUGAUUUGCAUUCUCUUUCAGAUUCCAGAAACUGGGCUGGAACUCUGUUAAUCCAGUCAUGGUUCAGUUUUGACACUGUUGCCUCCAAGUCAGCAGGCCAUGGUUUCAAGCCUCUCUCCAGGGACUUGUGCACACAGUCUGUACUGAGAGAGAGCCUUGUAAAUGAGGCAAUAAACUGAGACCCUGGCUGCCCUCUCAGGGAUGUAAAAGACAUGAAAGGUCUCAUGAUACUCCAAAGACAAUCCAAUUAAAUUCUCAUUGUGUCCAGGUCAACAUUUAUCCCUCACAAAUCAAAAGCUGAUUACCUUGUUCAUUUUAUUUUCUACAUUGGAGACUUAUUGGUGUUCUGCCACUGGUGAUUACACUAAGUAACUCCAUGGUUGUAAAGUACUUUAGAAUAUCCUGGGAUUAUGAAAGGUGCUCCAUUUAUGUACCAUUUCUUGCUUUGUAUCCAAAUGAGGCUGCUGAACAAUACUGACCACGUACUUGCUGUGGGUGAUAGAUUUGUAAUACUUUCUUUACUUAGUUUCUAAAACUGCACUUGUAGUUUGUAGUUAUGCAAUAAUUAAUUACAGAAUAUUUAUAAAAAUAUUUAAUAGAAGAUUUAUCUCAUUUUGAUAUUUGAAAGUAAAAUUUCAAUUUAGCUUGAAGAUAAAAUGUUAUGGUAGAAUAUUUAGUUGAUGCCUUCUUUUGUUUCUGUUGCAUAAUCAUCUGGCAACAUACUGAUUUUUAUCAAAAUAAUAACUGAAAGUGUUGCCCCAGAGAUCUUCUGUACCAGAUCCCAAACAGUGACUGGAACUGCUGAGUCUAUAGCUGGCUUGUUCCAUGUGGAAUACUAAAUAUCAUCAGGCAAUGUGGUACAUCAAAUUGGAAUUAUAGCCUGCAUGUUAAAGGAUUAUUAAAAUUUGUAAAAGAUAAUUCACUAUUUUUGACCAUUUGUGCAAUUAGCUUUUUGGAGCAGCUACCAAAAUGUGCAUGUGGAGGGUUUAACAUCAUGCCAAGGCCAAAUAUACUUGUUGCUGAGUAUUUAUUCGUAUUGUUAAAUAAUUACAGUUUAUAUGGCAUGAAACAGAAGAAUUCUAUGUAAAGUGCAAUGAUAUAAGAAGGUUUCAAAUUAUUAACAGACUCUGGUAUUGAGAGUCUUUUUGCCUUUUUCCCCCAAAUUGAAGUGGGGAAGUUGUUGUAAUACCAACACUUGACAUGUUGCAUCAAAUUCCUCCCACAACUAUUUUUGUUGAAUUGUUGUUCCUCCAAAAUAAACAAAAUAGUAUCUCCAUUCAAGAAGCACUGAGAAGAACUUGACACGUAUUUGCUAAGUUGCUGCAUGAUAACAUUGCUCACAGGAAUGCCUGGGCUUUGGUCUCUCUGCUUCUCUUGCAUCUUACUACUGCCAACUGUUUCAAAUGCAAUCUAGGCUACAAAAUAGUGGCAUAUGUAAGUGAGAAGAGUCCACGUGAUGAAUAUUGAGGGGAAUAAGGUUCUGGUCACUAAAGGUACUAUGCAAUCAAAUCUACCUCAGAGCAAAUGGGAAAUAUUUAUUAGGUGUUUCACUCAAAAAGUUGACCAGACACGAGACUGCAGAUGCUGGAAUCUGGAGCAAAAAAAAUCUACUGGAGGAACUCAGUGGGUCAGGCAGCAACUGGAGGCAAAGGGAUAGUCAUUUCUGGUCGAGACCUUGCAUAAGUAUUUCCUGGUGUGAGUCACCCGAGCAACUGGUGUAAUUUUAGCAGCAAGGGAACACUGGGUGAUAUCAGUGCAGUACUCUUUUUGAAGUAUACGGAACUUGUCCUGAGGGCUUACAUUGUUGGAUACACUCGGGACAACAAUCUUACUUCAGUCUUGCUUGCAUGUUACCAGCUGGGAGGCCCACAACACAGGGAAAAUACUUGCCUAGAUCUGUGUGGACCACCCAGCCCCCAUCUCUAGGUACUGAAACAAACCCGUGGGUCACCCCUUGGUGUAUUGCCAAUUCUGUUUUAGUUCCUUUUCCUGCCUCCUCUCAACCACUCCAACAUACUGCCAAUAUCCUGCUUUCUUUUUUUUCCCCUCCCUCUGCAAACAAACACAUUCUUCAAAAAAAAGUUGGUUCCUCCAAUAAGAUAGUAGGGAGAGCUCUUUAAUAUACAUUUGUUCCACAAUAAUAUUGCUUACAGUAAUUCCUAGGCUUUGGCCUCUUGCGUUAGUCUGCCACCACUGAUUACACAUGUAAACCAAACUAGAAAAUGACCUCAUAUUUAUGAGGGGAGAGAAAAUGGGGCUUGUGAGUUGGUCUCCUGAGCUUUGCUUGGGUAAGGAGAACUGGGUGGAAUUGGAAUGAAAAUGUGCAACACCUGUUCUGUUUUGGCCUCGGGUGCAAGUUUUCCUCAGAACAUCACCAACCCAUAGUCGCUGAUGCUCUGCUACUGCACCAGCAUUUCUCCUGUUUCAUUGGCUUUAAGCCUUUGUUCCUUUUUUUUCCUGUAACUUUCCACAAUUUUCUUUGAAUUAAGGGACAUAAAAUAAUAAGAGUUGAGGAAAUGAUGCUGUUGACCUUCCACGUCUUUUGUUUAACAACAGGUUUUGUUGUCCCUGUCUCCUGUUUACUGAGCUCCCUUUUCCAUUUCCUCUGGGAAUCAAAUGCCCCUCCUCCUAGUCUGGCUUCUUGCAUAUCCCUGACUCUUUGUUUUCCCCAGUUGUUUGCUAGUGAAAGCCUUGCUGUCAAUUGUCUCAGCCUUUUAAAUUCUGGAAUUCCACCCAUUAGCUGCCUUUUUAACUUUCUUCUUUUGAGUGACUUCUUAAACACAGCAGUUUGAUCUUUUAGUCACCUGGUUUUAAUAUUUCCUUGCAUGGGAGAUGUCAAAUAGUGUCUGAUAAUCACACCUGUGAAGCAUUUAAAUAUAAAGCCUAUAGUACAACUACAGUGUUCUAAUGCAGCCUCUUGUGUGAUGUAUCUGUACCUUGAGGCCUUAGGACAGGGUACCUGUGAUAUUCACUGGUCAGCUUAGGAUCGAGAUGAAAGUAACUUCAAUUUUUUUUUACCGGUAUGGUCAUAUCACAAACAUACAAUUUCAGCUGUUUCCUCAAGUACACCAUACCGGCUUGCUUUUACCUUUUGGCUUUCAGUCUACAGGUACUGUGAGUUGCUGCGGGAAACUGUCUUUUGACAUUGACAUAAUUAUGAUAUCUACAUUGAAUUUAUUUAUUUUGUCAUAAGAUUUUAUGUUUAAUUAUAUGAUAGAGUUUGUACUUUGAGGCCAUACUUGUGCAGUUGUACAGUGAGUGUCCUCUGUUUACUGAAGCAUCUUCUGAUAGGCAAGACAAAUACUUGCCAACAUCUUUAGCAAUCCAUUAAAUAUUUGAUGUCUUCCCUUGAAUGACCAGUCAUAUUUUCUGUCCACUUAUGGAAUGGGAUUGCAUUGUUUCCUGUUUUGUUUUCAUUCUUGGUCUGUGGGGAGGAAAUUUUUGACCCCCUCCUAUCCUUUACUCUUGCCUUCCCCUUGUUCUCUCCCUCUCUCCUCUCUCAUACAACAACAUCUAGGGCAUUUGUAUUUCCACCCAUGUGUGUGCAAUUUUACUCGUUUUUUCCAUAAACUCAAUAGAUUGUGAACAAUAUUUGCGAAGUCUCUUCAAAGAUCGUGAACAGGAUUGCCAGCACCAACUUCGCCAAAGACAUGGAAUGCUUUGUGUGGGAAGGGAGGCAUGUGCUUCUGAUGUAAUGACAUUCUCACUGCUAGCUUACUAUUCUGUGCAUCACCAAGUCCUGUUUGGUGUGAAAUUAGUUAAUAUGAUGUACAAGCAUAACACUAUUCAUUUGCUACAAUAAAAGACAUUUUUCACUGGAUAGUUUUCUGGUAAA